CAAAUCAUUCUUCCUUCUUCUUCUUCUUCUUCUUCUUCCCCAAAUCCAAUCGAGCGAUUUUCCUCUGCUCGAAAAUCCAGUCGAAGGAUCUCUCGGAACCCCAUCGUCCCUCCGCCGUCGAUCGCCUCCGAUCCGCCGCCGUUUCCGGUGGUCCUCGGCUCCGGUUUCGAUCCCGCUUCCCGUUGCCCUAGAAUCUCCUCUCUCUCUCUCUCUCUCCCGAUUCUACUAGGGUUACCGUUGGGUCCCCCGGCGGUGUCUUCUUUGCCCUAGAGGUAGAGGUCGAGGGAGGGGGGAAAAGGGGGAUACGAUGCGGCGGUUCCGAUGAAGCGCGACCACGACGACCUCCACGGCGGCGGCCGCCAUCAGCAGCAGCAGCAGCAGCAGCGGCGGCAGCAGUGCGGCGAGUGCGGCGCCGGCGCGGGGGAGCGGUGGCUCCUCCACAACGUCCGCCACAAGGCGGGCUACCGCCUCCUCUGCACCCACUGCGUCCUCAGCUGCUUCCGCGGCAACUUCUGCCCGAUCUGCCUCCAGGUGUUCGACCCCAUCGACUCCCCCCCGCACCCCAACCAGCGCGUCAUGUGCCUCAACUGCCCUUCCAUCUCCCACCUCUCCUGCGUCACCUCCAGCUCCAACCCCAACUACCACUUCGAGUGCCCCUUCUGCUCCAACCCUAAGUUCCGGUUCCUCUCCCUCGGGCCGGUCCCCAGCAACGGGGAGGACAAGCGGUUGAGGGUCGAGGCGAACGCGGGCCUCGAGGCCGUCGUCGCCUCCCGGGGGGGCGCCCCCCUCGGGGACGAUAGGGACGACGUGAGGAGGGUGAUCGACAGGGAGUCGGCCAAGGCUCUCGUCGCGGCGGCGAAGAUCGCCUGCGCCACGAUGAGCAAGGCCGCGGCCAUCGCGAGGGUCGAGGCGGAGCGGAGGGUCAAGGAGGCGGCGCUGGCGAGGAAGAGGGCGAGGGAGGCCUUGGAGAGGGUGGCCUUCUUGACGCUGAAGGAGAAGGAGAGGGAUUUGAAGGUGGGGGUUGCCAAUGGGGUUGGUUUUGCGCCGGAGCAUAAGGUUAAGCCCAGGGUUGUGGAGAACGAGAAGGUGAAUCAAGGGGUUGAUGGGAUUUUGGGUUCGUCGCCGACAAAUGGUGUUGUCUCGGUUGCCGGGGGUGUACAGGGAGAGAAGUUGCAUUCGGUUUCGCCGGUUGCCGGGCUCAAUAACGUUCAACAGAAUAAUUUUGGUUAGCGAGGCUGAUUCUUGAUUCAUGGGGAAGUGCUUUGCACGGUAGAGUCCAAUUGAAGCUGUUUUGUGCCUCCGGUGAAGUGAAAUCUGUGAGUAGUUUUAGAAGUUAAAAUGCUGGUUCCCUUGUGCUAUAUGCAUGCCUUUUGAGAUUUAUGUAGAAAGGUAUCUGGAAUUAGGUUCAGUUUUAUGUUAAACGGCUCUUUUCAUGUAUGAACUUAGGAGAUGUUCAAAUUGAUCCUGGUCCCAUUUGUUUAUGAAGCGCUGAGUACUUUGUCCAGACAUUGUGACAGUGCUUGUCCUUGCCUUAUUUUUGCUCUUGGGCAAUUUUUCUUCUUUCCUUUU